CCAGACAACCAGGAAAGCAGCAGUCUGGUCAACCCCAAGACCCGAACCCACACAACCCCAACUGAGAAAAGAGAGGAAACGAUAGAGAGAGAGAGACAGAGAGAGAGAGAUAGAUAGAGAGAGAGAGAGAUAGAUCAGAGAGACGAGACUAGAGAUAGCAGAUAGUCGAGAUAGACUAUCAUAUAGCUCGAUCUCUAUAUUAUCGCUCCUCUCUCUAUGCUUCACGCUCUCUUAGGCCGUAGCUACGACUCAGAGAUAGAGCAUGAGACGGCAUCUGUGUGAUGAGCUGCAGCUCGAAUUAGAAUGCUCAGAUACUACUCCCGGACCAGUGACCUCCAUCACUUAAGGAGAACCUAAUGGAAGAAAUCUAGAAACGCCAUAGAGACCAACUGGAGAGAGUUGCCUGGGGUUGUAUUGAAAUCUGGAUUGUCUGUAAAGUGGUGUUUGACUUUGGUUCUGUGGCUCUGAGAGACAACGGGAGAUCUGAGAAAAAGUUUUGGGGAGUUCUGUGUUUCACCCUGCCAACAGUAUUACCUGUGUGUGGAAACACUGUGUUACGAGACUGCUACAGGUGUUCUGAAGUGGACAAAAUAGUGGCCAAAGAAAAGAAGGACAGAAAGAGGACAGAUAAAUAGAAAGGAAAGAAAGCUAUACAUUUAGAAAGAAAUAAAGAAGUAAACAGAAAGUAAGCGAGAGAAAAACAAAGCUAGAGACAGACAAAAACAGAUAGACAAAAAGACAGGAUGGCAAACUCGGGUUUCCAGUUACUGGGUUACUUCCUGGCGUUGGGAGGUUGGAUAGGCAUCAUCUCCACCACGGCUCUGCCCCAGUGGAAGCAGUCUUCGUACGCGGGCGACGCCAUCAUCACGGCCGUGGGGCUCUAUGAGGGCCUGUGGAUGAGCUGUGCCUCCCAGAGUACAGGACAGGUGCAGUGCAAGGUGUUUGACUCCAUGUUGUCACUGGAUGGUGAGUAGGACAUCGCAACGAUCACUCAUACACUUGUGACCUGUCAUUAUCUCGCUUUCUAUCCCUAACCCAACUUCAAACGUUCUAUCUUCUCUAGAGAGCGGGAGAGGGACGGAAGGAAGAAGGGGGAAGAAGGGAAACAAAAGGAACAGACCUAGAGAGGUAGAGAGAGCGAGACAAGAGAGAGAGAGAGAGAGAAGGAGAGAGAGAGAGAAAGAGAAGAGAGAGAAGAGAAAGGAGAGAGAGAUCUAUCUCUCUCUCUCUCUCGCUCCUCUCUUUCUCUCUCUCUCUCUCUCUCUCUCUCUCUCUCUCUCUCUCUCUCUCUCUCUCUCUCUCUCUCUCACUGCCAUAGUUUGAAUAAAAAUGUCAUCCAAAGCAGUCUUAGAUGCCUGUGUAUGGACAGUUAUGUAUCUGUCAGUGGUUGGUCAUUAUGUUAUGAGAUGCCUUAUAGCUGUUGAUUCUCAUAUAACAUAUCUGUUUACCCAAUUCCCAACAUGGGCCAUUAACUGGGUUGAUUUAUAGAGGGUAGUGUUUUGUAGAAACAUCAUGAUCAAAUUAUCCAUUGGACUAUUUGUAUGAUUCAGAAACUGAAUGCAUAAACAGUUGAUAAAACAAUCUAACUAAUACAACUGUCUGGAACACAUUAAAGUCAGGCAUAAAUCUAUCAGAUAAAAAGUGCUGCUGUUGGCAUGUUUAAUUAAGAGAGGGAGGGCGGGAGGGAGGGGUGAGAAAGACAGAGAAAGAGGAAGAGGCAGAGGGAGAGAAAGAGAGAGAGGGUGAGAGGGAGCGAGAAAGAAAGAGAGAGCAGGAGAGAGGGAGAGAGGGAGAGAGGGAGGGAGGGAGAGAGGAAUGUGGGGUUCAGGCAUAAAUUAGCCCUGAAUAUAAGGUUCCUGUCAUCUCCAAUCUGUUUAGCAUAGACCUACUGACUCAUAAUUAAUGGCAGGCAGAUUACAUGAAUUCACACAUCUAUUGUCUCCACUGAUUACCCCAUUAGGGUAAUGAAAAGCUGGGGGAGGACUUGGUCAAAUAAUUUGUCUGUAAAUCAGAAUGGUUGUCGUCCUUUGGAGUUUUCUGUUUUUCUUUGUGGUUUGUUAAGAAACAUGGAUACCCAUGUUAAUCCCUGUGACGCACACCGCCCCAAAAAAACAAUCAGGCUAACAUUUGGCCGCUGUGCAAUUCAUUAUAUAUAAAAUGUAAAUGUAAUUAUAUCAAAACAUUUUCUGUGGCUUUUUCUGCGAGGGGUGAGCUGGAGCUCGCGUCUCCUUUAGCUCAUCGGCGUAAUAAAAACAGAGUAUUGUCCCUGUGAUGAAUAGUGGUUGUUUGGAGAAGAAAAGCCCAGUGUUGAGCCAAACACCAGAGAUAUUCUCAGAAUGUGCUCUGUCUUCCCCCCACACACGCAUUGUUCCUGUCCGGCCCUAACACACCCUGUGUGUGUGUUUGUCUUAGUGGAAAACGAGCGAGUGAGAGCAAACAGCAUAACACACUUUGGUACCAACUUUUGAAAAGUUUACCCCUUGUUAUACUAGCAUGGUUUCUGCUACUUGUUGCUGUCUGGUCAAGCAAGGCAUGUUGUUGAGUGUAGGUCGGGUAACCGGGCUAAGAGAUUAAACCACUGAACUGUACCAUUUGGCACGUACUCACUCUAUUCCACUGUUGAGUGAACUCAAAGUCUUACCAACAUCUCUUCCUGUUAUGGUAUGUUCAGACUCAGUACUGGUCUUGGAUGCAAGGUGUGUGUAUGUGUGUGUGUGUGUGUGUGUGUGUGUGCUGAAGCGUUUGUACUGGAGUUGAACGUCUGUUGUGUGUGUUUAGCAGUUCCUGCAGGUGCCUUUCAUAUUGUGCUAAAUGAACCCUUCUCCUUCACUACACAGCAUGAGGAACAUGUGAUGAGGGCUAAUUGUUCACCAGACUGUGUUGUUGGAGUGUACCAAAGCACUGCAGUGGAAGCUGAUGGACUUUUUUCAGAUAUCUGAUUAAUUGGCAAUUCAUUUUCAAAACCUGUGACAAUGUAAAAAUGUUUUAUCAAAGCUGUGAGAAGCUGUUCUGAGAGGCUUUUGACUAUGUCUGGACACUAGAAUGACAAAAAGAAGGAUACUACUCCCUGUACAGACACUACAGUUCCUGAGGAAUCUAGAGUUUUUUUUUUACACUGUCUUAUCCUGCUUUGUUUCAUUCUAGUCUGAACAGUGGUGCUGAAAGAACAGUUAUUCUACUUGUUGCUGUCUCAGAGUCUCAGAGGCAGAUACUGCCUGGUAUUCGUCACAACCCACCCUAGCUCUCAGUUCUCUGGGCUCUGCAGUGAAUGAAACCUCUGUACUGCAUUAGGCAGUGUACAAUACCACACCAGUACUGGUGCUAUACAGGACACAACAGGGUCAAUAUACAAUAUAGGUAGAUUUUAGCCAACUUUAGAGAUGGAUGCCAUAUUGCUGCUUCUGCUUCUGAUGAUAUCGCUGAGCUGUUAUUUGUCAAGAUUUUUCAGGAGAUGCUAAAAUGGCUGCCUUGGAAUCAUGUUAUGUCACAUCAUGCUUUUUGGAUGACAGAAUAAUGGCCAACCUCUCUCUAUCUGGCUCUGGGGAAAAUAAAGCAAAUAAAUCCAGGUCCACUGUACAGCUAGGUUACUAUACUACUGUUACAUGAGUGGAACUGUUUUGCCAGGUUUGAGGACCAGGGUAUCCCUUUGAGGUGAACAUCAAAGAAGGUUCUCUUUUCUUGACAGCUUAGUGUUAAAUACUGUCCAAGUCGUAGAGCACUCUCUCCUACAGCCUUAUAAAUACACAGACUUUGGUAUGGUCGGAGAUUUAGAAUCCCCUGGCAGUGGACUCCAUAUUGGCACAAUUAUAUAUAUAUUGACAUCAAAGAUAUUGACAUUAUUUUAUAGGUAAACAUUUGAACUGUCAAGGAAUGUUUGGUGGCAACAUGGAGGAUAUUCUGGAUAUUACAGUGGAAUAUCUGACCCCCAGCCCACACAGGCUGAUGAGAUGGUGGAUGGUCUGAUGUUCCCCCCUCCCAUCACACCAUGCUCCCAUCCCUUGUUAUCCUGCUGGCCAUUGUGAGGUCAUCAGUAGAGAGCAGCUAUGUACUUGCACACAUUGUUCAUCUCCUUCUCCCUCUCUCUCUCCCUCUCUCUCUCUCUCUCUCUCUUCUCUCUCUCUCUCUCUCUCUCUCUCUCUCUCUCCAGUAGCUUGCUGUCUCUCUUUCCAGUAUCCCUCUCUCUCUCUGUCUAUAGCUGAGUGUGGUUUUGUUUCUUGCCAACUGGACAGGAGUGCUGAUAUGGCCCUUUGGUGCUGUAGAUGUAAAAUAUGCUUCUGAAGCUGAAGGCUCACGUGACAAUCUUCAUCCAUAUAUCAGUGCCCAUAAGCUUAUUCUACACUAUUCCACAAAGCUUGUGUCACACUGACAUUUACAUUAAUAGAAUGAAGGUAGAGUUGUUGGAAUGGUUUUCUGUUUUAAUGGAGUGGGCAAACCAAUGUUACGUAUGAAGUCCCAAGUCAUCUCACAAAGGACAAUAUCCAUCGUCCACACACACACACACACACACACACACACACACACACACACACACACACACACACACACACACACACACACACACACACACACACACACACACACACACACACACACACACACACACACACACACACACACACACACACACAACACACACACACACACACACACACACACACACACACACACACACACACACACACACACACACACACACACACACACACACACACACACACACACACACACACACACACACACACACACACACACACACACAUACAGCUUGUGCCUGGCACUACCAGCCUUGACAGGGGGUAGAGUAUAGUGGGAGGAACACACACACACACGCCCUUGACUCCUCUGUUAUUCCGUUGAUCAGAGUGGUGCCCUGUACGAUCAGCCCAAACAGGAUGAAAGAGAGAAUGGAGAAAGAGAAAAUAAAACCUCUUUCUCUCAUAAACCAUUAAAAUUCUCCUUCAAACAGAUCCUGCCACACAUAAAUCAAACUUCAAAGCCCAUCCGCCCAUCACUAGCCCUUUCAGAUCAGGUUCUAAGAUGUGAUUUAUUGCUAAACUAUGAAUGUGUGAGUGUGUUUUCCCAUCAAUGUAAAUUAUGACUUAAGUUUGUUGGAUAGACUAUUGUUCUCCAGUUGUAUUUGAUGUACCUUUUCUCACACUGUCAAUGUCAGUAUUCAAUUAUACUAUGUAGUUCUCCUAUUCUAUUCUAUUCUGUUCUAUUCUAUUCUAAUGUGUAAUAAUUUGGUCUGCUGUUAGAUUAUAGUCCCGUGUAGCUCAGUUGGUAGAGCAGGCACUUGCAACACCAGGGUUGUGGGUUUGAGUCCCACAGGGGACUAGUAUGAAGAAAGUAUGAAAAUAUAUGCACUUGCUACUGUAAGUUGCUCUGGAUAAGAGUGUCUCCUGAUUGACUAAAAUGUCAAUUAUUGUCUGUGGUUGUAGUAUUGUGCUGUGGUUUUCUUGUGUGAUGUUUAGGCAUUGGAAGGGCUAUACCAGUGGCAAAUGAAUGUAGUCUUUUAUAUUGUUGUAGCUUAAUUUGUUGGCAACACUGUAGAAAUGUGUAAUUUGUGAAGAUAUAGAUAUGUGUUGCUGUUUUCAUGGUUAAUGCACGUGGAUUAUGGUGUGAGAGAGUGUUAAUCUAACAUUGAGCUGUGAACUAGAUAAAAAAUGUUGGUGUAGUGUCUGCAGUUUGUAAGGUCUUGGUGAGUAUAUUAAUGCAGUAUUAGCGUUGUACUGGUGUUGUUUUCACAUUGUGUUAGUGUAGUUUCUGUUGUCAGGGCUGCUGUGUGAGUGUGUGUUGCAGGCCGCAGUGUCUGAUCACUGUGGCGACAGCCCUGUGAAAACAAUCCCGCUUUGUGACAAAGCUACACUAAUCCCACUGUCUGAAACAUGUAAAACGGGCCCUCCUACAGUGUGUGUGACAGAAAAUGAGUAUGUACUGUAUGUUUGUGUAUGUAUGUUUGUGUGUGUACGUUGUGUCCUCCUACAGAAUGUAUCCGUAUGUUAUGUAUUUGUGUGUGUGUGUGUGUGUGUGUGUGUGAGUGAGUGAGUGAGUGAGUAAAUAUGUAAAAUGUCCCGCCCACUGAGUUAUGUGUGGGUUAUCCAUGGAAUUCUGAGCGAUGAAACCCCUGUGGAUUAAUUUUGAAUGAUUGAGAGUGACAGUUAACCUCUAUGGGAUCGGUGUCCCGUAUACGGGAUGGUUGAGCUAACGUGCGCUAAUGUGAUUAGCAUGACUGUUGUAAGUAACAGCAAACUUUCCAGGACAUAGACAUGUCUUAAAUGGGCAGAAAGCUUACAUUCUUGUUAAUCUAACUGCACUGUUUACAGUAGCUAUUACAGUGAAAUAAUACCAUGCUAUUGUUUGAGGAGAGUGCACAACAACAAAAAACUUAUCACGGCAACUGGUUUGAUAUAUUCACCUCUGAAGGUAAAUAAUGUACUUACAUUCAGUAAUCUUGCUCUGAUUUGUCAUCCUAAGGGUCCCAGAGAUAAAAUGUAGCAUAGAUUUGUUUGAUAAAAUAAAUGUUUAUAUUCAAAUGUAGGAACUGGGCUCUACAGUUUGAACCCCUGCUGUUUCUGGCUCCACACACACCCCACCCGGCCAUCUAGAUGUGUGAAAGUUAGUGUAUAAGCUAAUGAUCCAUCAUGUAUGACAUUCCUGGGAGUGUGUAAACUUACAUUUUUUAUUACCAUAUCAUUUUUGUAUGUUCUCUAUAGUUAUGUACUUUAAAAUGUAUCAAUUGACCAAUUCGGCACAUUUGGGCAGACUUGAUACAAAAUAGUCCAGUUUCGCAAUGCUUCACUGGAUCAAUCUGAAACUUUGCACACGCACUGCUGCCAUCUAGUGGCCAAAAUCUAAAUUGCGCCUAAAUUGCAAUAUUAUAUUGUGGCCUUUCUCUUGCAUUUCAAAGAUUAUAAAAAAUAAUAAUAAUAGAAAACGCAUGUUUUUUUGUUUGUAUUAUCUUUUACCAGAUCUAAUGUGUUAUAUUCUCCUACAUUAAUUUCAAAUUUCCACAAUCUUCAAAGUGUUUCCUUUCAAAUGGUAUCAAGAAUAUGCAUAUCCUUGCUUCAGGUCCUGAGCUACAGGCAGUUAGAUUUGGGUAUGUCAUUUAGAUCCUUAAGAGGUCUAAGACUGACGUUAUUAUCCCAUUCUGUAACAUGGAAGUGGAAACAUAAUGAGUUCUUAAAGAGAGAGAGAGAGAGAGAGAGAGAGUGUGUGUGAGAGAGAGAGAGAGAGAGAGAGAGAGAGAGAGCGAGAGAGAGAAGAGAGAGAGAGAGAGAGAGAAAGAUAGAGAGAAAGACAGAGAGAACAAUAGGGAGAUAAGAGAGAAAGAAAGAGUCAGAUAGAAAGAGAGAGGGAGAAAGAAUAAAGAUGUGGAGAAUGUGUAUCUUUGUUGUCUCCAGUUUUGUGUUCAAAAGUUGUAUUGUCUUAAGAAGUUGAUUUAUGAUUUCACAUUGAUUUACAAUGUGGUGGUUGUGUUUUGAUUGGUUGGUUGCUUUUCCAAUUAUGUUUUGCACAGAAAUCUCUGUUCCACUCCUGUUCUGCCCCAAUUUAACCCCUGAUACUGAGAAAUCUAGACAUUGAAUAUACUCUGUGUGUAUAUAUUCUAUAUAAAUAUACCCAGUGUGUAGAUAUUAUAUAUAAAUAUACCCAGUGUGUAGAUAUUCUAUAUAAAUAUAACAGGCUGUGUGUAGAUAUUCUAUAUAAAUAUACCAGGCUGUGUGUAGAUAUUCUAUAUAAAUAUACCAGGCUGUGUAUAGAUAUUCUAUAUAAAUAUACCAGGCUGUGUGUAGAUAUUCUAUAUAAAUACUGUAUACCAGGCUGUGUGUAGAUAUUCUGUUUGUACCCUGUAGUCUCUCUGAUCUCCUUGCCAUCUGAAGCCCUAACAGACCCAUUCUGUUGUCCUCUCUCUUCCCCUCCUCUUUCUAUUUUUAUCAUUCCCUUGACCCUCUCAACCCUUUUUCCUCUUUAUGCCCUCCCUGCUACCACCCCACUCUUAUAUAUUCUGUCUGCUCCCCCCCCCCCCCCCCCCCCCCCCCCCCCCCCCCCCCCCCCCCCCCCCCCCCCCCACCCCCACCCCCCCCCACCCACAGUGCACAUCCAGACGUGUCGUGCUCUCAUGGUGGUGUCCGUGCUGUUGGGCUUCAUAGGAAUGAUAGUGAGUGUGGUGGGGAUGAAGUGCACUAAGGUGGGCGACAAUAACCCCACCUCCAAGGGGCUCAUCGCUGUGUCUGGAGGAGCCCUCUUUCUACUCACAGGUGAGACCAAUGUCAGGUGACCGUCAUGUGACUGUCAUGUGAUUAAAGAAACAAACAUAACUCUGGAGCAAGGGUGUGGGCACCUGCAUGAUAACACAUAUUUCCACUGUGUAAUGCUAGUAAUGUGACCACCAUACUGUGCUGCUUGCUGAUUUAUUAACCACCACAACACCCACAACUUAAAAGGCUAUUACAUUUACAUUUACAUUUUAGUAAUUUAGCAGACGCUCUUAUCCAGAGCGACUUACAUUUAGUGCAUACAUUUAUUUUUUUAUUUUUUUCAUACUGGCCCCCUGUGGGAAUCGAACCCACAACCCUGGCAUUGCAAAUGCCAUGCUCUACCAACUUUAUUAGAACAUGUAUAAUGGUAAAGUACCACUCCCUAAGCUAAAGGUUCAAGUACUACAGUGAGUUGUACUUAAGAGCGUGUUAUCUCUCUAUCAUUUAUGAGCAUUCACCAUCUUACUCUCACUUUUACUGUUUGAGUGGAACCAGUCUUUCAGGGCUCAUAUCUUGCAUUCUUCUGACCAGAAACUCUCACCAGCGGUCUUCUGGGUAAUAAGGGUCCCAACUGUAAACAGGAAGUGGUGAUUUUGGACACAUUAGCUCCCCUGACCUCAGAGACAACCAUGAGCCUGACAGAGAGAAAAACAACCUCAGAGUCAUUACACAGAGUGCUUUUACUGCUGCACUGUGUGUGUGUGUGUGUGUGUGUAUGAGUGCAUACGUUGUCUCUCUCUGCAGGUCUGUGUACGCUGGUGUCCGUGUCCUGGUACGCCACUCAGGUGUCCUAUCAGUUCUUCAACCCAAACACGCCGGUCAAUGCCAGGUAACCCUAUCACACUGGUCACACUCUGUAUCCACCACUCAGUUUCUCUCUGAAUAAUAUAUAUAAUGUCUAAUAGUACUGUAAAAACCAUAUUAAAGACAGAUUUGACCAUUUCCACUGCAGGUAUGAGUUUGGGUCAGCCCUGUUUGUGGGAUGGGCAGCGGCCAGCUUGACGGUUUUGGGUGGAUCCUUCCUGUGCUGCUCCUGCUCCAGUGAGGAGAGGCGAGGGCAGCAGUACUACCGCCAAUCACAACCAUCCACAGCCAGGGAGUACGUGUAAACCCACCCCCUCCCAGCAGCCACCCAAACAGAGAGCAGAGGCCACACUUUGCUCCUCCCCCUUUUCUCUUUAACUGAUGUGUAAAGCUCACAAACACUUGCACAUACACACACACACAGACACACACACACACACACACACACAUUCACACACAAGCACACAGUCUCCACCAAGUAUCCUUUGGAUUUUAGAAACUUUUAGGAAUUCAGAGGCUUUUAUAAUGACAUUGUAUAAUGCCAUUUAUUCUAUGGAACAUAUUCUUGAGCUGAAACUUUUAUAUUUUAUUGCAAUACUUGUCAUUGAGAGGAUGGUGAUUUUGCUCAAUUAUCCUUUUAAAGCGUUUUAUGUUAAUAAAAUCUGUCAUGUGGUGUAAAAGUCAUUAAACGUUACUAAACAGAUACUGGAUGUCAUCUGAAUUUGAUCCUAAGAUUUUUCAUUCAGUUAAUAAUUCUGUUUUUAUACUUUAUUAUAUAUGUGAAUGAAGCAAAACUGUUUGUAAAACAGUCUUACUCUUUGCACACUAAAAACUAAAACAGAACCGAUAAAGUAUUGCCAAAGUAAUUACUGUGUACAGGAGGCAUAGGGAUUUUUUUUAUGGCAGAAUGCCUGAAGGUAAAUUGUGGGACAAAUAUGAUAAAAUAAAAAAUACAAACAAAUACAGUUUUUUCGUGGCUUUGGCAGAAUGCCUAUGCUUCCUGGUUGGAGCUGUGUCUAUGUGUGUGUUGCGUUGUGUCUUUUAACACAUUUGAACAUUCCAAUCGAAUGUAGUUGAUGACAUCAUACAGGGCUGACAUUCCGAAUAGAACAGAAAUUCUUCUCUGAACUAUUUUUCUUGAAGUUUGAUAAGGUUUGGAUAAGCAGCAUUUAAUGAUGUCAUCAGUUCGAAUCAGAUAUACAGAAAAGGGUAAAAUAUGUGAGCUAAAAUAAAUGUUGUUUUAACGAGAGAGAGAUGCCCGUUAUUGCAUGCCUUAACAUCAUGUUCCAUUCGUUAACACAUCCAUGAAAGUCUACCCAAUACCCACCCUUCACAUGUUACAUACCUCAGAGACGGCACAGGCUAAGGACUACUGGCUGACCUCUUAUAAAAACACACUGUUAUAUUCAGUUAAACUCAUGGUUUUAUUCCUUGUGUGCUCUAAAGGCAAAUACUCUUAAAGAAAACGUUAAUUUUCAAUGGACAUUGAAAUUCUAUUUUAUACUACUCUAUUCUAUGCUAAAAUACUGUACUUUCAGUCACUCACUGAGCCUCUACUCAGGCCAUCUAGACCUCCUGAACCCCAACUCAACCCACACAUUUCUCUGCUUGAAUCCACCACCCACCACCCACCACCCCUGACUCUUCAUCGCUCUUCAUCAUUAUUCAUUUGGGUUAAAGGGUUGGUUAAUCGUGCUUCCGAUAACAGAACCAUUGAACUUUUCUAAGAACCUUUCCAUGCCCCCCGUUUUCUGGUCGUCUGGCCCCUCUUCUUAGUAAAGUCUUUGUGUAUGGAGUGUUCCAUUGUACUCAGAAUGCGGGUACAUAGGCCUGAAGGACAACCUCCACUUCUGCUAAAUGAAGGGGGGGGGGGGGGGGUUGACCAUUACAAGCCUGUCAACAGCAGAUGUCCUCUAAGAGUCAUUACCAAAUGACAAAUGUGACUGAACUAGCUAAAAGCCCAAAGAAAAUAAUUAAAUAUUUGUUAUGUUUUUAAAAACUUUGUGUGUACCUAAAGUAGGUCUUACUGAUCUGAAACAUCUAGUUACUUACUAGCCAUGACCUUUUUCUUAUUUUCUUUGCUUUUAAGUAUGUUUAAGUGUCUUCAAAAUGAACAAUAAAAUGUUGAACCACCAUCAACAGCAUUCUCCAGAAACGUUUCUUAUUUUUAAGACCUCAACUCCCAAACCUCAAAUGAAUAGGUAUAUAUCAACAAUAAGCCAAGAGUUCCUAGCUGUCAGAUAACACGUUUCUGGUUUCAACAAGACCGGUUUCUUUAUUCAAUGUAAGAGAAAGAUUAGGCAACUAGUUGGAAACCUGGAAAGGUUUUGUGUCUAACACCCCGCUUUAUGGUUCAUAAAACAUUGUCCUUCAUAGGCUUUUAUUAAGAAUAAAAACAUAAAAACAUAAAAACAAAACAAAACCAACCAUCAUAAACCCAACACAUUUCGACAUAAUAUCUGAUCAAUUCCAUGCCAUAGAACACAUUACAUUACAAAUGAUCUGUGUGCUGUGACUCAUCAGCAUCCACCAAUUUCUCCAUCCUUAACCCUUAAUUUAGGUUCAACAACCUUUCUCUUUCAAAAACACUUCAACCAUCUUCACUCAGUAACUAACCACAGAGCUAGCACAGCCUAACUAGCAUGCACCUCUUCACAUCUAGCGCAGCCUGGCUAGCUAGCACCUCUUCUCAUUUUUCCUUACCUAGCAUGUAACAUCAAGCACUCAUUCACUCACUAACACCAGAGAGCUUCCUGUAUCUGUGAAUCAGUGAGGUCUUGAUGUGUGUCUCUCUCUCCCCUCUCGUCUCGUCUCCUCUAAUGCUGUUCUUCUCUGCCUGUCUUCUUCUCUUCCCUAAUUCAGGGCAGAGUUGUUGAGUGAGACUAGUUUCCCUGACUGACCACCCCCUGCCUGUCCCCCAGGACUGUCCGAGUUCCGCUCACUGUCUCCCCUUUUCCUGUUCCUUCCUAGAUUCAAAAUUUGGACCCUUGUCUCUCCGCUAUAGUUUAUGUCGCUCCCUCUCUGCCCCCCCCCCCCCCCCCCCCACCAACCCCACACCCCCUUCCUAAAUGUCUGCACCUUAUCAGUGUCUGAUAUUAAGGGUCAACACAAUGUCCGCCACCCCUUUAAGAGCUUGCCUCUUCCGUUCCCCCACCCCCACCCCCUGAGCCUGUUUGUAAAUAUAGACUCUUAAAGGAGAAGUGUGGUUAGGUGGUUAGACCCUUAAGACUAGAGGGGCGGUAUUUCACUGUAUUUCAGCCUGUGAACCCUUUACUAGAAAGUCCAUGAUAUCCUUUUAUCUGUUAUUGACUGAACUUUAACUGUAUGAGUGAGACUUGUAUUGUCAUUAUAUUAUGUUGAUUUCUGCUUCACUAAUAUCCUGUGAUUUCUGGGUUGGUAGAAAUGUGCAUUUUGGUUUUGUUCUCUGAGUAUACAAGUGUACAUUUACUGAAACAUGUUUUUUCUUUUAAAUUGCAGACAAAAUGUUAAACAUUCCCCACCAGAGAAAAAGGAGGAAUACUUGUAGUUUGGGUGACUCCUUUGGCCCCACGAUGUGUUAGAUUUUUGGCAACAGGCAAGACACUGUCUAACACAAACAGACAAGAUACUCUCUCUAAGAAAACAGAAGCAGACAAGACAUUCUCAAUAGAAAACAGAAGCAGACAAGACAUUCUCAAUAGAAAACAGAAGCAGACAAGACACUCUCAAUAGAAAAAAGACACUCUCAGAAAGCAAACAAAAUAAACUCAGAAUACACUUUUGAAGUAAUACAUCUGCAGACCAACCCUAAUGGGUAGCUAGUAUUUUACAAUUCUUAAAGAUGCCCAUGUGUUAAAUGUUUAUCAAUGUAUUUUUGAAUCAGUUUUGUACACAAGCAAUAUUAAAGGGUAUUCUGCACAGGUAUUAUCUGUGCUCACAUAUGACAAAUAACUGCUAUUUGGAUAACUGAAAGCGAGUGAACCUGAAUCUGUAAUUCUGUCUGUUUGUAGUCUGUCUUUAGUUUCUGUGAGAGGAAGUCAUUCAGGGUGUGUUUAUAGAACAUAGAAUACAGAAGUGCUCAGGUGUAUAUACCACCACCUCCAGCCUUUCUACUACAUAUUCUCCACUGCAGUGCCUUCUAACAUGCGUGUUUGUGUGUAUGUUUUUGACUGUUAUACACAGAUCCCACAGUGUCACAUCCUACAUGGACAUAUUUUGUCAAAAGUGUCCGUGGGCAUGUCUUUUUCUCUUGCAUGAAAUGUACCAUUCAGACAAACUGUUGCAUGUAGUUUUAUCUUUGAACAUGGAUGUGUACUGUACUGUAGCUAGUAUACCACUUAUAAAAACAACAGAAAGAGAGAUUCCUAAAUGUCCCUAACUGAUGAGAAGGAUGGCACACCUUGUAAAAGCUGUUUGGAAGUGGUACAUGUAGCCCAGAUUGAGGAUAUUACUAUACAUGCAUUCGAUUUAGUUAAGUGCCAAUAUGAUUUAGUGUGGAUGGAAGAUGUGUUUUGUUAUUGACUAUGGCGAAUUUUCUGUACUCCGGGUGCUGAAAGCACUGUCUCCUGUACAGGUCCUUUCCUUAGUAAUGGCCAGUUUGCUGAAUGUAAUCAGGUCAAAUGUGUUUUUCUGUUGCCUACAUUUAUUUACCAUGCGUUUUCUUCAUCUAAUAUUCACUAUUAUUAUUUGAUGUAUCAUUUCAUUUAAAGUAUACUCGUGUAUGUUUAUUUUAGAAUAAAGUAAGCGUAUAAAAA